AAAGUUGACAAAUCAUCGGCCAUCUUGGUUGCUGUAACAGCCUGAAAUAAAUUAAAUAUUACGGCGAACCGGACUACACUACGAUUUCAUCGCGUAAAAUCUGGAGAUGUCGGCAGACUCAUUUGGAGCGGGUGGCAGCGAUGCCCAGCAGAGCUUACAGUCUUUUUGGCCCAGAGUGAUGGAAGAGAUCAGGAAUCUUACUGUGAAGGAUUUCCGUGUGCAAGAGCUUCCUCUUGCUCGCAUCAAGAAAAUUAUGAAACUGGAUGAGGAUGUGAAGAUGAUCAGUGCUGAGGCGCCAGUGCUGUUUGCCAAAGCAGCACAGAUCUUCAUCACCGAGCUCACUCUCAGAGCCUGGAUCCACACCGAGGACAACAAACGCCGCACACACAGGAAUGACAUUGCCAUGGCCAUCACUAAGUUUGACCAGUUUGACUUCCUCAUCGAUAUCGUCCCCCGGGAUGACCUGAAGCCUCCAAAACGACAGGAGGAAGUUCGUCAGUCUGUGGCCCCGACUGAGCCGGUCCAGUAUUACUUCACGUUGGCACAACAGCCUAGCGCAGUGCAGGUCCAAGGGCAGCAGCAGGGCCAGCAGGUCUCCGCUCCCACUGCCACCACACUACAGCCCGGCCAGAUUAUCAUCGCUCAGCCACAGCAAGGCCAGGUAUUGCAGGGAACCACCAUGCAGCAGCUGCAGCAGGUGCAGGUCGCUCAAUCUCAGGCUACCCCCAUCACGAGUGCUCCGGUGACCAUGCAGGUGGGCGAGGGUCAGCAGGUGCAAAUCGUCCAGGCCGCUGCACAGGGACAGGCCCAGGCUCAGACAGCACAGCCGGCCGGACAGACCAUGCAGGUCAUGCAGCAGAUUAUCACCAACACAGGGGAGAUCCAGCAGAUUCCAGUGCAGCUCAACACCGGUCAGCUGCAGUACAUUCGCCUGGCUCAGCCCGUCUCAGGAACACAGGUGGUUCAAGGACAGAUACAGACACUCGCAGCAAACACUCAGCAGCUUUCACAGACAGAAGUACAACAGGGUCAGCAACAGUUCAACCAGUUUACUGAUGGGCAGCAGCUCUAUCAGAUCCAGCAGGUGACGAUGCCGGCAGGACAGGAGCUGACCCAACCCAUGUUCAUCCAGUCCACCAAUCAGACAGCUGACGGGCAGGUCACUACGCAGGUCAGCGCAGACUGAGCCCAUCCAUCAUGAAGCCCCCCCUGCACUAUCAAACAGUGAAGAAGGAGACAAACAACACCCAGACCUUCCACUUCCCAUCAUCUCUUCAUCAAGACGUCAAUCCAGAAACCCAAUAAUAAACCUUAGAUUCAAGCUUCCUAUUAUUUACCGUCCAACAGUUUGGGUCUCUUCACUGAGUGAUGGAAGGAUCAAUGUAUAGUGGCAGAGGUUUGCUUUCUGCCAUUGAUUUCAGCUACGUGUCUUCUGCAAUAUGGAGUAUGAACCCACUGUCUUCCUCACAGUAUAGGUUGAUAUGUCCCCGUUUCAUAGUUGGGCUAGAGAUUAUGCUUCAGUGAUAGUGAUAUUAGGGUAAAACCAGAGCUGAAGGGCACUUGGGCUUGUACAGUGGUCUUUAGUUUUUAAUUUCUUUUAUUAAGCCCUCACCCCUUUAACAGAUCAUGCCAUCUCAUGAUGUGUAGACUUCUAAACUCGAUGAUAAAAAGCCAUAAUCUACACAUUCUGUAUCUCCGUAGUUUGGUUCAGUGAUUGGAUAGUAAUGGUAUUAGUUCUGUUGUAGUAUCUCUUGUAUAGUUUUUGAUAAGGUUGUGUUUGUUAAAGGGCUUCUUCUUGUUGGGUUUUCUACAUGCAGAAUGGUCCUCUCUCUCUCUCUCUGUGUGUGUGUGUUUGAAUGUGCUUUUCCUUGCGUGUCUUUCUGGACCACAUUUAAAAGAGACUUCCUCUGCUGGAAACGGAACAGCUCUACUGUUACCUUCCUAAUCAAAUAAACUCUUUUUAUAGAAA